ACUACCAGUUUCUCUUUAAAAAUAUUCUGAUAUCAUCUUUUUUCAUACUCUGAAAAAAUGAUCGUAUUUGUGAAUGAUCCACAAGUACAAUACAUUAAAGUAUAUAUAUAUGCGUUUCAAUGAAUAUUACUUCAUCUGCUUCACCAAGCAACCAGUUUAUAAUGGAGAGAAAACGACUACAUCAAUUAGUCGAUUUUCGGAGAUUGUUUGAUUAUCUUCAUGAUUUCUUUACAAUUGAGGAGCGGAAUACUAUUUCCCGUAGUUCAAGACCAAUGGAUAGACUUAUAGACAUACUGCAGGAAAAAGAUUCGACUGGAUCAGAACUACUAAUUGAUGCUUUAGAAAAGUUAUACCCUCAACAUCACUUUGGUAUCUCACCUUUAUCGUCAACUCAUUCUGUAACAACCACCGAUAAAGUCGAUCGUGAGAUUAAAUCCAAGCAAUCAGUCAUAAGUAAUAAACGUGAUUAUGAUCGACUUCAAAAAGAGUGUGAAGAGGCAGUCUCAGAGCUAAAUGUUUUGAAAACUAUGCUUGCUGAAGCCGCUACUAAAAGAGAGCAGGCUUUAUUGGAAAGAAAUCAUUUCUCGAAACUUUAUGAACAAAGUAGACUAACUCAAUCAGAGCUUGAGAAACAGCUUCAAAUAUUACGGAAUCAUAAUAAACAAGUUACGGAACAAAAAGAAAAAUUACUCUCUGAUUACGAACACGAAAUUGACCUCAAAGUAGCCAACGAAAAGGAGAUAGACGAACUUCGGGAGGUUGUUCGAGAAAUGAAGAGUGAGACAACAAGUAUAUCUUCGAAUGGAUCUGACGCCUUGAUGAAAACAUAUACCACCUUGUGCACGAAAUACGAUGCUCUGCGAGCAGAAAAUGAAAUGUUGAAACGACAAUUACAAGACACAAUUAGUGAUCACAAAAGUUCUUCAAAAGAAAUAUGCCGAUUAGAGGAUGAGAAAAAACGAUUAUGGCUAAAAUAUGAAUCCGCUGUAGAAACACGAGAUAACUUGACUGUAGAAAAGUCUGAAUUGACUAAUCGAUUGGAAAGUCUCUCGGCAGAGAGAAAUCAACUUUCUGCACUAUUUAGUAAACAGGCCAAUGCUACGAGUGACGCAAAUCGUCAGCGAGAUGCUGCAGUACAUGAAUAUCAAAAUGUUAUGAGGGAACGAGGUAUAGUUCUUCAAGAAUCUGAAGAAAUGCAAUCAAAGCUGCAGGAAGCAGAAACGAAAAUUAUUCAAUUAAGUAACGAUAUUAAAAAGUAUGAAUCAUUAGCGAAUCAUCUUCAACGCGAAUUGGAAACAAGAAAGCAAGAAAAUUAUGUAACAAAGUGCCAGAUGAUCAGAAUGGCUGAAAACUUAAAAAAUGAACUUCACAUAGCUGUAACGGAGAAAAAGGAACUUGUAGAUCAAAUGAACCAAAUAAUGCAUCAUGCACAAAAAGAUGAUUUAAUAGAGCAGCUAAAGGGUCGCAUAAAAGCUUUAGAAGCCGAAAUGAGAGACCAGGAACGACAGGCCGAUCGUGCUAAGCAGCGACGAGAUUGGGCUUUUUCUGAAAGAGAUAAAAUUGUUUUAGAGAGAGAUAGCAUGCGAACUCUCUGCGAUCAAUUAAGACGGGAUAGAGAUAGAGCUGUAAGCGAUUUAGCCAAUGCCAUGGGAGAAGUUGACCAACUAAAUAAGCAUAAAUCGUCUACUGCUCGAGAACUAAAGAGCUAUAAGGAAAAAUUUCAAUCAAUGUUAAGAGGAAAUAGCGUCGAAGUAAUGAAAUCAAUGAAUGCAAUACACAGCACGGACCUAACAUUGCCCACUUCGUUUUCUGAAACAGAUAUGGAAAUAAUGAACUUGACUAUACCAAUCACCUCAUCAGAUGAUUUCUCAUUUGACUUAAGUAAAACUGAAACAAGCAAGCCUUUUAGCAUUAGAUUGUACGAUACUAAAUUACCUAAUCAAUAUAUCCUAUUAAGGAUUAAUGAUGGGACACUUAAUGUAAAUAAUAUAAAUAUUUCUAAUACUACUCGACGAAGUGCUGAGGAAACUCUUAAAAAAGCAAUAAAUAGUGGGAAUGUAAAUUUUGUUCUAAAGCGAAAUUUAAAUCCGUCAAGCAUUAAAGAUGUUAGGCUCCAGGCAACAAAUAACCAAGAUUUUGGCCUAAAUUUCGAAACUGGAAUAUUUUUAUCAAAAAUUUCGCCAUCAUCACCAGCUGGCAACUCUGCAGAUCUUCGUAGCGGAGAUAGACUAUUGAGCAUUAAUGGUGUAUCUGUGAAUGAUCUGAGUAUAGAGAAAGUAGAAACUAUUCUUGAAACCAAUCAGGAAAUUGAAAUAACAGUUCAAAAGUAUUCCGAGUGUAUUUCCUCGUCUCACUCUAUUACAUCAACAUCAGGUGUGACAGAUAUGUCUCCUGAUUCUCCUGCUAUCUCUCCAAUAGCUAAUGAGUCAUGGAAAAAAAAUCAGCUUUCGUCGUGUGCUCAAACUGAAACUGCUAUAUUUCUGAGUUCAGAAAGCGAUCUGGAUUAUGGGCAACAGCAUUUUAAACGCAAAAAAAAGGAUUCAAAAAGUAAAGGUAGAGUGGAAGCGCGACGUAUAUCUGCAGAAGAACAGCAAGCCUUAGAAGAUUUUCAAUCAGUUAUUGAGAGCUUAGAUAAUGAAGGACAAUCUAGAGGUACUUGGCCUCGUUAUAUGGUCGAACAGAGAAUGAGACCCACUCUUGAAAGUCUCAACUAUGCAACAGGUUCGACCAGCCAAAGGAAAGAUUCUUUUCAAAGAGCUCCUAUAAAUACUAUGGAUUACACUUUAAAUCAACCCUCAGACCUAUCUGCCACUUUGAAAAAAAGUUCUGAACUCAGCGAUCAUUAUCGAAAAAAUAGAUUAUUCAACAGUCUGGCUACUAGUCCUUCAUCAUCAGUUCCAUGUCCUGGUUUGAACUCAGAUCAAGGUGCAACUAACAUUGCCGUUGUUUCACCUCAAAAGAAACCGAUAGAUACAGAAUUAAUGCAGAAUACAUCAUCCUUACUUUUCAAUAAAGCACAUCGAAAUAAGACAAAAAAAUCUGUCAAUAGAUUAAACAUUCCAUCUAAAAUGUCCAUUUGUUCUACAACUGGAGAAUGCUUAGAUAAAGGAUUAUCGUCUUCGAAUACCUCUUCAAGCAGUCUGAACACACCAAGUAUUAACAAGCAAAACUUUAGAGUUGGAACUUUGAGACAAAUUAAUAUUGAGAAGAAAUGUGCUAAUGAACAAUUGGGGAUUAAUAUUAAGAAGGGCAGUAGCGGGAUAAUCGUAUCCUCAGUAUCACAAAACUCCUUAGCAUCACACGCAGGAAUACAGUGCGGAGACCAGCUGAUUGAAGUUUGUGGUAUUAACUUAAGGAAUGCUACAUACGAAAAUGCAAAACAGGUUUUAGUCAACUGCGGCAACGAUGUAACUAUAGUUGUUCAAAGUUCUGCAGAAAGAAUACUAUCGACAGAUGGGAGCAGUCGUGAUACUAUAUCAAGUGAAAGUGAAUCUUCCGUCGAAACCAGCCACGUUAAACAGUGCAGCCUUGUUAGUAAUACAAGCACUGUUGUUGCUGAGGAUUAUCAAAAGUAUAGUCCAGUUCUUUGCAAUCAACCAUCUAUACCACCUACUCACGCUGUUAAUGAAUCCAGAAUAGUUUCAUGGUCCAAACUUGCCACUGAUCCUCUAGGUUUAACUGUAAGUGGAGGAAACAAUAGUGGAAUAUUUGUAAAAGAAGUUUCAACAUAUUGUCCUGCUUUCAAGAAGGAUGCUUUGAGAGUAGGAGACCGUAUUUUAGAAUUCAAUGGCAUGGAUAUGACAGCUAUCACAAGAGCCAAAGCUCACGAACACAUUUGCAAACAAAGUGAUAAAAUUAUCAUAUGCGCUCAAUACGACAUCAUAAAAUUUCGGGAAUUGGAAAGUGCCAAAAUCUUGGCUGAUUGCCUUUACUUUAAAAUGAAUUUUGAUAGAAUAGCAGAAGAUGAAGGAGAAAUGUCUUUGAAACGUGGCAACAUUUUAUUAGUUGAUAAUACCAUGUACAAUGGCAAUGUGAAUAUUUGGACGGCUUGGAAACUAGACUCAUCUGGAAAUCGAAUUCAAAGGGGAAUAAUCCCAGCAGUCAGCCGUCUGGAAGCGGAGUAUACAGCGAUUCGACGAGGCAUUGGAGAUGAUUCCGAAGAAUUGAAAGGGUCCAGAAGGAGUCUGAGUUCAGCAAGGCGAUCAUUUUUCCGAAAGAAACGACGUCAACGGAAUAAUUCACAAGAUUCAAGAGAAAUUGUUAGUUACUCAGAAGGCUCGUUGAUUUCAGAAUCUCUCAGUAAACUAGAUGCAGAAAGUGGAUAUUUACCUGCAUUGAUACCACUAAAAGAAAUUCGUAUUCUUCAAAAGAGGCCUGUUGUUUUAAUGGGACCUCUAGCUGAUAUUUUAACAAGGAAGUUGUCCUCAGAAAAUCCAGAUCGAUAUUUUCGGGCUGAAGUCGUUGAGGAAGGUCAAAUAAAUGGAUCUUUGAUUUAUCAUUCAAUGAAACACCCGCCUUACGAAAUUAUAACACUAAAAUCCAUUCAGGACGCCAUAGAGAGGAAUCGGCAUCCUAUAUUACAUAAUAAAAGAUCAGCUAUUUACAACUUAUACACUCUACAAAUAUAUCCCAUUGUCUUAUUACUGCGAUUCCGUUCCACCAAACAAAUUCAAAAAGCCAAGGAUAGAUUUAUUGAAUCUAAAAUUGAUAAACAACAAGCGAAAAGAUGGAUGGAUAAAGCUCAAAAAUUUGAAUUAGAUUUAAAACAAUACAUAUCAGAUAUUAUUGAAGGGGAGAGUGACCUCAAUUCUAUGGCUAUUAAAUGUAAAAGUGCAAUUGAUAUAAAUCAAGAAAAGCCCUUGUACCUUCUUCUUGACUGA